GGCAGAACGUGGGAAUGCUGGACGUUGAGCUGGUGAGGGAUGCAUCCAGGUAGGAAUUCAAUAGGUGCAGCUUCCCCAGUCACUUGCUACCAUUCACCUGAUGGCUUUCAGCCUGAAUCUUCUAGGCACAAUUCUUUCCCACUGUCGAAUCUGGUAGACAAGGAUCACUAUCCAAGAAUCAAGAUGGAAGAGGGGGACGCUGCAGGCACCGCAACGGUUGGCCCGCCGGAAGAUCCUGGAAACGGCAUCCAUGUUGUCCAGGUGGGGAUUGUGGGAGAGCUGCCGCAUCCGGUGACCCCGUCUCAGAUUAAAGUGGAGCCUGAAGAGAGGCAGCUGCAGUGCUGGGAAGCCCAGCUGCAGGACUUCCUGAAGAAGGUUGAGUCCUCCCACACGGUCUGGGACCCCACGCAGCCCUCAAGGGUCAAGCCCUCUCUCGUCCUCUCGGAUGUUUAUCGGGGACGAGGUGGAAAGGGGGUGGCCAGGCUCCAAGCAGCCUUAGGAGAGGGAGGCCAGGUGAUCUCUAGGACCCUGAAGCCAAGUCAAGAGAGCUGCCAAAAAGUAAAGAAGAUUCUGAGCGAUGGGACCUUGGAGAUGGAAUUCCAGCGCCAGAGUUUCCGGAGUUUUUGCUAUCAGGACACCGAGGGGCCAAGAAAGGCUUGCAGCCAACUCCAGGAGCUUUGCUAUGGGUGGCUGAUGCCGGAGAAACACACCAAGGAGCAGAUUGUAGAGCUGGUGAUCCUGGAGCAGUUCCUGAACGUCCUGCCCUCGGAGGUCCAGACCUGGGUCAGGGCAUUUGGCCCAGAGACCUGUUCCCAAGCUGUGGCCCUGGCCGAGGGUUUCCUGCUCCGGCAGCGCAAGGCCAAGAGAGAAGAGAAACAGGUGAUGGAAAGAUUUGAGAAGCUGCCUGAGAGCUUCUCCAAGGCAGAGCCAACGUCCUCGGACCGUGGGGGGAAGCAUCCUCGCAGAGAGAUGAAGCCAGAGAGGAAUGGAGACACUGGCUCGCUAGGGAGGACAAUGCCUGCGAACGAGCCCAGUAAGGAAUCAAAGGGGAUGGCUUCGAUAAAAUCAGAGCAUAAAGAAGAGGAAGGCAUCUUCAGCAAUCAAACUGGACCAGAGAGGCAGGUGGAGAUCAGCAUGGAGCAAUCGAAGACUCAAUCCAUUGCUGGUCCAGGUGGCGACGCUUACAGAGUGUCUGCCCCACAAAAGAUUCCCGAAGGCGCCAGAAGGUUCAUAUGCCCCGUCUGUGGCAAGGGCUUUACUCGGCAAUCAAGUGUCACUAGACAUCAGCGAAUCCACACAGGAGAGAAGCCUUAUCAGUGUUCCGAUUGUGGGAAAAACUUCAGAUAUAUGUCGGUCCUUAUCGUGCACCAGAGAAUCCAUGCCAGAGAGAAGGCCUAUAUAUGCUCAGCCUGCGGGGAAAGCUACGAUCAAGCACAUGCGUGCAGGCAUCAGACAAGCCACGCAACAGAGACACAAAGCGCCUGUGUUUCUCAGUCUUUUGUUCUUUGAGGCAAAUGCUUUUCUGAAUUCAAAACGGGACGCAUUUUGCAUUUGGAAAUGGCUGCUUGUAGGGUGUGCAAUGGUAAGAAUAAAGCUCCCUCGGAGGAACCCGCCCGCUGUGUUUCUGCACAAAGCGUUAUGCUGUACACGCCCCCUUGAUUGGUGGGGUGGGAAAACAGAACCGUUACGCAGAGGUGCAGUGGGCAGCCGCACUUGAGGAGAAGUAAUUAUGCUGUGUCUCCCCACUAAAAACAACUGCUUACUGCAUAUGAUGCAAAGAUACGGCAGAAUUAUAUAGCUCCAAGUAGACGCUGAUUGGAAGGAGGUGACGCCAGAACAGUGACUCAUGCAGAGAUCUGACGCUGCUGCUCUUUCCGUGCAACGGACUGCUUCAGUAGGGCAUUCUGUGUGUUCUCCGGCUCAUGCUCAGUUCACAUGGCGAUGCCCAACAAACGUGGUCAGCAUCCCUCCACGAACAUGCCUGUACUGAGCAGAGGGUUGGAUUAGAAGACAAGGUCCUCUCCAGCUCUAAAACUCGGAUUCUGUUCUCGGUGGCUAUCACCCAAGUAGCACUGCAGCACAGCAAAAGACCAGAUCAUGCCCCUUACUCUCUGCCAAGAGCUGCCCCAAGGGUGCAGAGAGUAAGGUGGCCUCCUUUGAGAGUCCCUGCUACGAUCCCAUUGGCACCUUGCAGAAUUUUAUAGGCGGAGCCUGGGUUUGGACUGGCGGCCGGGGGCUGUUCUUCUGCUCCAGGGAUGCACAACUCAAAUGCUCUGGGGCGGGGAGGGGCUGGUGCCUUUGGUGUGCGGGAGCUAAGGUCAACUUUCAGCACAUUAUGUUAAAAUGAACUAACUAUUAACAGAAGCCA